AUGCAUUGUAUUCUACGUCUGUCCUGUAUAUCAGAAUACAGUGCUGGCAAAAAGAUUCUGGUUGACAAAAAAAAGGACAUGAAAUCCGUGAUCUACAUUACGUUAGUUGUCAUCUACGUCUUCAUUCCGGACAGAACCAUGGGAAUACCUGGAGGUUGGAGUGAUAUGGAUGUCAAUGAUCCCGAAAUUCAGGAGUAUGCCAGGAAGUGUCUCUUACUGUGGGAUGAUUCAAAUACCUUUGGCCUUGCGCAGAGAGUUAGGCUAGUUAAUUCAGCGCAAUCACAGGUAGUAUCUGGUAAAAAUUACAAACUGAAUGUGAACGUCGGACUAAUGAACUGCAGUGAAAUGGAGAUAACCACCAAUGCUGAUUGUAGAAUUACUAAAACUGCUGACUGCAAAUUUUCUCUGUUCGUCCAUCUAUUCGACGGUUUAACCGACUUAACCUCAGUUGAUUGUAACACCUUUACAAGCAUUUGA